UUGCAGAAGACAUGACGCGUCAUAAUUUACGGAAACGUUCCGCCUUUUCUCCAGUUGUUGUGGUCUGUACUUCACAUGCCGAGUGCCAUGUCAAUAUCUCAUGCGUUAAACCUGUAAGACGACCAGGAGUGGGCAUUGUUCUUGGACACCAGGGCAGGAUUUCACCCAACACGCCAGUACUGUAAGCGUCUUCUCAAACAUCACCCUCCACUGUUCCACUAUGGCCUCCACAGUCCCGGGACUUCUGCUCCUGCUUGCCGUCUUAUUUACGGCGACAUACGCUGAUUUUGAAUGCAAGAGCUACAUGUCCAGUGGUGGUGCGUUCAAGCCCUCCAUCAACUGCAAUAUUUUGCAGUUUUGCUGUGGGACCUGUGAUGACAGAUACUGCUGCUCCAAUAUGGCGAACAUUUUGACCGAAGACGCUCAAGAAAAUUGUUUUUUCAACAAAGACUUUAAGCCUGUCACUAUAGGCAUGACGAUAGCGGCGGUUGCAAUCAUUGUGACUUUCUUCUUCCUCUGCUGCGUCUGUCCCGGCUGCUGUAUCUACAAAAUGUGCAAUGAACCCAGACCUGUGAUGGGCGCAACAACAACUACAGUUGUAACAACACAAUACCCUCAGCAGUCUGAUUUCCAGGGAGAUCAGUACCCACCAUACCAACCUAUGCCCCCUCAGUCUGGGUACGGCCCUCAGCCAGCCUAUGGAGGGCAAGCCAUGCCAACUGGACCAUAUCAGGGACAGCCAAAUGUAGCAGGACCACCACCCCCAUAUCAGGAGCCUGGAGGCCCAGGAUACCCUGUUCCCUACAGUCAGGCGGGAUACCCCGGACAUCCACCAGUUCAGCUGGGUUUCACUCAUCCACCUCCACCAACAGUCUACAGCUCGAAUCAGCCAGCCUACAACCCCUUGUCUGUGGAACAACCAAAGACCGGUUACUAAACCACAACCGUCUGACACAUCGGUCACUGCUGGAUUGUGGAUGGCUAUGUAAUUCCCUGACCAGGUUUUAGAAAAAAGUGCUAUAGUGGAUUGUACAGCUAAUGUGCAUCCAAUCAUGUUGGGAAUAACAUUAUAAUUGUGGUUCAUUAUUAUUAUUGGCGUUUUUAAAGGGAUCGUUCACACAAAAAUGGGUUAUUCUGUCAAUUACUCAUCGUAAUGUUGUUCCAAACGCUUAAGUAGGGUUGCUCCGAUACCAAAAUUUUGACUUCUGUACGAUACCAGCCCUGGUACCUCGGUAUUUUUGAUGAAAUUACAUUGAAAUGUACUUGACUAAAAGAACCGCAUAACAUCUUAAUAGAUACAGAUAAUAAUAAUAUUAAUAAUAUAACCAUUUAAUAUUAUAUUAUUGUUAUUAUGAGUAUUAUUGCGACAACUUUGAAUAUUACACUUUUAUACAGUAGUUACGUGUUUUUGGCGUAAUGUCUUCAAUGUCACGCAUCUGGUUGAAUAGAGUUCUUAUUUCAGCAGGACUUUUAUUUUGAUAGACCUUUGAAGUUCUUCCUGUUUGUGAAGGGUUUGUUAUAUCAAGCGUCCCUUGAAUCACAAGCUGAAAUCUCAGAGCUGCAAUGGUCAUUUGAGAGUUCACAGGCUGCUCUGUGGCUCUGCAGAUGGAUACUAUUGGACACACUGCAUGAAAAUCAAGCAUUAAUAGUGUGUGUUACAUUUGUGUGCACACCUGUGUGCCUCUAAUUCAAUCUGUGGCUUGCAUGUGACUAUAUAUAAUUUCAUUAAAAGACAUCCUUCUGCAGUUCAAGGAUCACAUUUGGCCAUAUCGAGACUUUUUUAAUUAUUAGUCUUUGAUUCAUCUCAAAACUCUCACAUUACAUUUUGCUAAUGGCAGCAUAUUUUAUUAUGGUACUAAAAUUAAGAUGAUAUUGUACCGGUUACAUUUUUUUGGUAUCGUGAUAUUUCAUUAGUACCGGUAUACCGCACAACCUUACUCGAAUGACUUUCUUCCAUGGAACACAAAAGGAGACGUUAGGUACUGACAGACUCAGUCACCAUUCACUUUCAUUAUAUGAAAAAAAGUUGCAAUGAAAGUGAAUGGUGACUGAGGCUAACACCUUUUUUCCCUGUUGUUCCAUGGAAGUCAGUCAUAUGUUCUUUGGUGUGUUUGGAGAGUAAAUGAUGACAUUAAGACUUUUUACACACUAAUGUCAUUUCAUUAACAGAAAUAUAUAUAUUUUCUACUUCAGCCAUUACUCGUGAGUCCAAGCCAUACUUUUAGUUCAGUUAGUUCUUUGUUUCUUUCUGUAAGCAAAAGGGAAAUUUGUUUUUUGGCAAUGCAACGAUCUUAAGAAAAUGUUUACUAGUGAAAAUUGCCAAACAACCUUUAAACAAGAUAUAUUUACUUAAGCAGUACUGGACAACAUAUUAACACUCGUUUUCAGAGAAUAUACAGUUUUGUUUUCAGAAUUUAGCCUCUAAAUAUUUUAGCCUGUUUUUAAGAUUUAUGCAUUUAUUUCAUAGAAUUCCAUUAAGAAAACUUUUAUAUAUUUCUGUGCUUAUUUUGUAAAUGAUUACACAAAUCAAGUUGUUGGAACUUUUUGUGAAAUUGAAAUACAUAAUCUAUUUUUUAUUUAGUUUGGUAUGUGCUGAUUUUGUUUAUUUACCCCCAAUGGUGCAAGAAAUAUGAACUUAUUUCAAGAUACAUUAUAUUACACAAUCAUUUUUAAAGAUAUUGAUACAUAUUUACUGGAAAACAAGUCAAAAAUGCUGAUAAGAAAGUUGUUUUUUGCAAGGCGUGACUUUUCCUAAGAUCCCAUCAAUGGUCUUAAUUAAGGGGCUGCAUUUCACCCUGAGAAUUUGCACAAAAUAUCUGGACACUUUGAGGAUUGUGUUCACUGAACUCGAAUGAUUCACGCGAUUCCAGGAUGUUGAUAAGAUGUUGUAUUUUCAUCAUAUUCAGGUUUAUGCAUCUGUGAAUGUUCUUUAACAUCUAAUAUGUUUAAAUGUGUUACCAUGUACAAAGAUCCAGAAUGUGCCUUAUGCAGCUUAGGCAGCAAAUUACAUGUUAAUAACAGUUACUCACUUUCAUGUCAUUCCAAACCCAAAAGAGCCUCUUUCUACUGUGAGGGAAAAACUGGUCAUUUUUACAGGUGUGUUACAAGUUUUAAAUGUCAAGAUUUGGAAUUUAAAGGAAUUCGGAAAACAAGCAGAUGCUGUUUUGUAGCGAUUAUGGUGGCUGUCGCCUUUUGUGCAUCAUAACCGAGCAAGAUUAUUUCUCUUAGUCACCCUUAUUUUCUUGUGUUGUUUAAUUUCUAAUGUUGUGCAAGUUGUAAAAACAUGUACAAGAUUUCCACAGACUAGGAACUUUCCCUUGAGCAUUUGAAAUUUAAAGUGAAAGGCACAUGCUCACUUUAAGGAAUUAAAUUGUCUCGAGGUAAGAAAAAUAGUUACAUUUUAAAAUGUUGCUUGCUUGCCCAUUUUUGGCUUCUUUAAAAGGCUGAUGACCCUUUUGGCCUUCCAUAUUAUAUUCUUCCUCUGUGCGAGCUUUCACAAAUUCUUUGUUGGAGUUGUCGGGUCAUGUUUUAUAAACUGUAUAAAUGUUAAUCUGAUGUGCAAUUGUUUACAUGCAUCUCCAUGUUUGCAACAGUAAAAGUUUGGGAACCA